AUGACACAGGCUAGCAGCGCUCCAGAGAUCUUCCGUUUCACGGACCCUUGCGUAGUUCUGCCGGGCCAAUUUAUCCACAUCCUGCUCAUUGCCCUGUCGCCCGAGAGCAUGUGGGUGUGGAUCGGCCUGGAUGAGCAUCUUGGCGAGGCACUGGCCUUGUCGGCAUCGGCCGGCCCGCAGGCUGGCCCCCUUGGUCCCCUCUCAACGACGAUUCUCCCGGGCGAUGAUGAUGAGCUUAGCAUGAAGCUUAGUCGCGCGAUCGUUCUGAUGACGGGCCGGCGCCAGUGCUUCGCGAAUUGCAGCAUCCCAGCCGGUCUUGCCUCAGCGGCUGGCAUCUGGCCGCGCGUGCUGGAGGUCCUGCGCGCGCGUCUCCUCGAAGCUGGCCUACACAAGUCCUGCUCGCGGGCCGAGCCGGCGGCGUCGCAGCAGUAG